AUGAUGACGGGCUUGAAGGUUCCCCGUGACCGCCCACGUCGUAACGAGACGCUCUACGUCCCCGACUGGACCGAGAGAGCCCCGGCUGCCGUGGACUGGAGGAGGAAAGGCUACGUGACGCCUGUCAAGAACCAGGGCCAGUGCGGCUCGUGCUGGGCUUUCAGCUCGGUGGGUGCGCUGGAGGGGCAGCUGAAGCGGAAGACGGGGAAGCUGCUCUCCCUCCGCCCCCAAAACCUGGCGGAUUGCGUGGGCCACCCAGACGGCUGCGGGGGCGUGUACUACGACGAGAGCUGCAACGCCGAAAACAUCAACCACGCGGUGCUGGCGGUGGGCUACGGCACGCAGAAGGGCACCAAGCACUGGAUCAUUAAGAACAGCUGGGGCGAGGAGUGGGGCAACAAGG